UAUGUCUAGUAACACGAAAACAAAGAUGGCGUCGAACAGGCAGCCCGUUGCCAAAGGAGGUUUGUGGACAUCACAUUCAGCUCCUGUGAGCAAGGAAACUCAAAACCUACUGAAAGUUAUGAUGGAGGAAUCGAAAUUAACAAACUUUCAGCGGAGACAGUUGCAGGAAAACAUGAAAAAAGGUGAAUCUCUGCCCGUUGCUUGCAACCCCACAACCAGCAGAAAUGGAAGAGUACAGCCAAGAAGCACACCAAAGAAAUCCUUACCCAAAGUCAUGAAUGCCAGGCAUCUCUCAGGUGGAAAGAGACCAAAGGAAGCAAUUGACAUUCAGCAAAGCUCAGUACCACAAGAAAUUUACAAACCUCCUCCAGGAAAGUUGAUUUCUGAGAAAGAUAAAAGAAGACUACAGAAUGUGAUGGCUUAUGGUGAGGAUGGUAAAAACAUUGAAGAUGUUCCAAGACAGAAAAAACCUUCCCCUAGAGAAAUGGUGCAGGAAAAAGAAGUUGAUCGAUUUGAUGAAGUUCUUCAAGAAAUAGAGGAUAGAAAAGCUUUCUUAGAUGAGAUGGAAGAGCUUGGACAGGGCAAACAGUAUAGAACAAUAAUAUCAACAGAAAUAUCACAGAAAAUAAGAGAGCUUGAACUAAUAGACAAAGAAAGAAGCAAAGAGCUCAACCUUGUUGAGUAACAAGAACCAGAGCAACAGUGACAAAUAGUGUGGAGUGAUCAAGAAUCAUGGCUGAAAAAAUUGCAGAAAGUGUAAAUUAAGCUUGUAGCUAUGACUAAAAAUGACAGGGGGGGUGAAGUGAAUGCUGACAACAGGUCAUUUCGAGUGAUACAUCUUGGGAGCUUUUUAUCAGUUAUUAAUUAUUAAUAAGGAAUUUGUGAAAGAGGUAAACAAAAUUAUCUUUGAUUUUCUCUAAAAGGAAUGUUUUGCUCUUGCUAGCGACAUCAAAGAUGGAGGACUUACAUGUACAGCACCACAUUUAGGUUCUAUAGUAGAAACCCAGGCAGUACUUUGUUGUACAAAAUUGGCAAGCUAUCAACUGAUAUCUUGAACUUCUUCAAGGUAAAUUUGUCUUGUGUUACAGUUACGAUUUGAACAAAUAGCUAUAAAGCUCCCAACAUUUUAUGAAGAGUGCUCAGAUAUAAGAGUCGCAAAAUGCUCUGCAGUUAAUUACACAAGUGUACAGGAUCUAAAUGGACAAGACCUUUAACCAACUCUUCCUAGGAGCAGUAAAUUUAUUUGUAUAGGAGGCAUGUCUGAGCAUUUUAAAAAUCUUGUAGGUAAAGGAAUUCUUAAAAUGGGGAAUCUAAUCUCCUAUAACAAUGAAAUUUUUGUCAAAAGUUCUUACAAGUUUUGCAAUUUGAUGCCCUUAGACUUGUUUCUUUGAGAAAUGCCUUACCAGUUGAAUGGCAUGAAUCAAUGGCUUGCUAGUUUAAAGUGUACUUGUUGCAAUGACAUACAGACAACACUUUCGGAUUUACUCACAAUACAUACUACAGCUACUUGUAAAAAACACUGUUUAUUAAAUUAUAUUUAUUACAUCGUAAAAUUUUGUAUCUGAGAUAUAUUUAUAUACAUUUGUCAUAGUUAAGCAUUAUUUAAUACACGUCUAACAAUUUAUGCAAUCAAUUAAUUCACCCUGUGAUUUACCCUUCCAUUCCCAAGCCCAAGAUUCAAUUAUUCGUAAUUUAUUAUCUACAUAGAUAUCUACAUGUAACCAUUUCUCCAAGAGUUGGUUGAGAAAAUGUGGUGGUAUACCAAGAAAUAAGUUGUGCUAGUUAAUGACGAUUUUAAAUAUUUUCACUCGUGUGCAAUUUGUCGCACCAUGUGACUGAAUAUUCCCCAGCUAAAGUUGGGGAAUAUCCAAGUGAUAUUCCCCAAUUUUCAAAACUGCGCAUGUUGCAAAUAGUAUUUGAACAAUAAUAAACACGAUUUGGCACGAGAAUUUGGUUGGAUAUUUGUCAUUGAAUGUCCUCUAACUUUGUUCCUCAAAGCUCACAGAUUUCCGCAAGCAUAAACUGUUCGUUUCUCAGACAGAUGUCCAUGGACAAAUAUCCAAGCAUAUUUUCGCACCAAAUGGAGGCUUCUGUUUAUUUAGCCUGAUAUUAUGAGGAGAAAGGUGAUCAUGGUCACUCUUGGGAAUAAAAGGUUAGUAAGAACUGCAUGCUUUUCACCAGCAAGACAUCAUAAAGAGAAAUUCAAUCACAGUCUUGCUCUUUCAGAACCACACUGACCUAAAUAAAUUAUAUCAAAAGAUACAGAUGGCUGUGAGUCAGACUCCAUAGGGUCUGAUCACUGUGAAAUUUUGCUGGUUUGUAGCAUUUCAAAUGCAGUGAAUAAUUAAAAUUAUUGUCCCAUCUAGAAUGUGGUAAAACAAAUCCCCACGCUUCCCCCAUAGUUACCCAGUACAAACCCCUCAACUCCACCCCACCCAAUUUUUGAUGAAAACGAAAUUUAAGCAGAAAAAUUAUGAACAAGACACAGAGAUUGCUCUGUUAAGACACCUGCAAGUGUGAAAAGCCAACAAUAUUGCUUAUAAUAGCAUAGCUCUGACAGCUCAAAGGGCUGCCAAGCGGAGCACCACACCUAUAUAGGAAACUAAAGGAAACCCAGGCAUUGAUUUUCUCAUGGUUAUCAUGGCUAGUGGUAUUGCUCGUGCACGACUACGACAACAACAGUGGAGUCACGCAAGAUAGCAGCCAUACUCCAGCUUAUAGGUUGACAGAGACAUGCAGCAUUGGUUUAUAGCAUACUUCUUUGAUAUUGGACACAAAACAAGGUAUCCACUGACCAGUAUCACAUGACUAUAUCACUGGCUCAAGUUAAGAGCUCAUCGAGGUCACAUGUUUUUUUUAAGUUGACUGCUGACCAAGUGCUGGUUUUCCGGUUGGAUUGUGGGCUCAUGUCAGUUUAACUUGUAAAUAGUUGUUUGGAAGCCAGUUAAAGCUAACCCAGGAUUAAAAGUUAACCAAAGUAUCAAUUUUUCUUGUAUACAAGUGUUUUUCGCUACUUUAGUUUCGUGUAGUUUGAGAUUGUUCAAACUCAAAACAGAAGGCCAAACCAUAUAGAGAAAACCUCAACGAAAAGUUACAAAACUCCAAUCAAAAUGCUCGCACGUCCUGAUUUAGCUUAAUUGAGCUUUGAACAACCCAGCUCAGGAGCUCCACUUUUAGGCCUGGCUAAAUCUAUAUAUUACUAAAAGGAAAACUGAUCAAUCGGUAUACCACCAACAGCUUGCAUUCAGCACAAGUGCCUUAUCAAAGGUCAUCUGUGUCAGUCCAUAACUGGAAAAAUAUACAGCAAACACAAAUAGUAGAUUCAGUUUCACUUGUUUAUGUGAUGUCUGACCACAUAAUAAUCUGACUAAUGCCUUAAAAUAUUAACACUUCCAUAACAAAAUAAGUUCUUUAAAACUGUGUUUCUCUUAUGAUAAAUAAUAGUAUUUUACUUGACCAAUAGUUAAUUGAGGUCGGUCCAUCCUGUUUUAGAAUUGCAAUCUUUUGAAUAACACUCUUUUUCUAGACAAUUUCAAAAAUAUUUUGCAAGAUUAUCUCAGACUGAUCCUCAGUGAUCCAGGGACACAUCAUUAGGGCAGAGUAAAGAUUAAAAUAAGACUAAAAUAUAAGAUAAAUUAAAAAAUAACUCUGAUUUUUUUCUUUGCCAAUAUAUUCUGCCCCUGGGUUACCAACAUUAAGACAGACUUUCAGCAGAGUUAACUUAAGAAUAAUCUAGUUGAUCCUUUGCUAAUCGACAUCUUCCAUUGGUAACACCUUUACUGUACUGUCAUUCUGACCACACACAUCUCUACACCUUUUUAAAACCUCUCGUUCAUUCUGACAUUCGAAUGAAUUCAUUCCCUCGCCUCACCCCCUCCCCCUGCUCCUUACUUUUCUCAUUCACUCACAGUUUUGUUCCCUUUGCAUGCUUUUCUGGAAAUGCCUGCUACACAGGCUAAUGACCAUUGA